UCAAUUCUCCUUCUCUAAUUCAAAUUUCAAUCUCAUUCAAAGUAAGGUAAAAUUAGGGUUUGAAUAAAAAUGUCAGGGAGAGGAAAGGGAGGAAAGGGUUUGGGAAAGGGCGGAGCAAAGCGCCACCGCAAAGUGCUGAGAGACAACAUCCAGGGAAUCACAAAGCCGGCUAUCCGCCGUCUGGCUCGCCGUGGCGGAGUGAAGCGCAUCAGCGGUCUCAUCUACGAGGAGACACGUGGCGUCCUCAAGAUCUUCCUUGAGAACGUUAUCCGUGACGCCGUUACCUACACCGAGCACGCUCGCCGCAAAACCGUGACGGCGAUGGACGUCGUCUAUGCCUUGAAGAGGCAGGGCCGAACUCUCUACGGUUUCGGUGGUUAAGUUCCGUGCAGUUUGGCUGGUUUCAUUAGAUUGUAGAUUUAGGGUUUCAUUACUAUGUUUCUAUCAUCUCAGAUCCAAAAAUUAGAAGUUUGAACGAUAGGUUUCUAUCUCAGAUCCUUGUAUCUUAAAUCGAAUUAAAAUUUCUGUUGAUUAUU